CUGCUUCUGCUGGGGUCACCAUGUCUGUAAGCGGCGCCGAUGCAGCGACACCUCUGACCCAGGAGAUCCUCCGUCACCUGGGCCUGGCCACCAAGACUGCUGCAUGGGGGACUCUGGGGACCCUCAGGACCUUCCUGAGCUUCAGCGUGGACAAGGAUGUGCAGAGACUACUGAAAGCCAUCACGGGCCAAGGUGUGGACUGCCACGCCAUCGUGGACGUGCUGACCAACAGGAGCAGAGAGCAGAGGCUGCUCAUUUCCCGAGCCUUCCAGGAGCGCACCCAGCAGGAGCUGCUGACGGCCCUGCAGGCGGCGCUGUCGGGGCCCCUGGAGAAGCUGGUGGUGGCACUGCUGCAGCCGGAGGUCCAGCUGGAUGCCCAGGAACUGAGGACAGCCCUGAAGGACUCAGGCUCGGUCAAGGAUGUGGCUGUAGAAAUUCUUGCCACCCGAAGCCCAGCGCAGCUGCAGGAGUGCCUGGCUGUCUACAGACAAGAUUUCCAGGCUGAGGCUGAGGAGGACAUCAGAUCUGAAACCAGUGGCGUCCUGCGGGACUUGCUACUCAUGCUGGCCAAGGGUGGCCGGGACAGCUGCUCGGGCAUCAUCGACUAUAACCUGAUGGCACAGGACACCCAGGCACUCAGGCAGGCAGAGGCAGGCGACAUGGGGGCAACGUGGGUCCCCAUCUUCACGCAGCGAAGCGCGGAGCACCUUGUCCGAGUGUUUGACCAAUACCAGCAGCACGCUGGGCACGCGGUGGAGAGAACCAUCCAGGACCGUUUCCAGGGUGCUGCACAGGCGGCCCUGCUGAGCCUCGUCUUGGCCAUCAGGAACACGCCGCUCUACUUUGCUGACAAGCUUCAUCAGGCUCUGCAGGAACCCGAGCCCAGUUUCCAGGCACUCACCCGCAUUCUGGUGUCCAGGAGCGAGACUGACCUUCUCAGCAUCAGGGCUGAGUUCAGAAGGAGAUUCGGCAAGUCUCUGUACUCUUCCAUCCAGGACGCUGUGACAGGGGACUGCCGGUCAGCGCUGCUCGGCCUGUGCAGGGCAGAAGACAUGUGAGGCACCUGCCUGCUUCUCCGAGCUGCAGGAGCCAGGCUGGGGUCC